UUUAGGUGAACAAAAGGUCCAAAAGUCGGAUCCACAAAACUUAAUAUAAAACCCCAUAAACAAUCCAAAUUUCAUCAUUUUUUUCACAAUCAUUCUCAGAAAAAAUAUUAAUUCUCAAUCUCCGCCCAUAAACCAUGGGGGAAAUACAAGAAACAACAACGACAACAACAAAGACAACAAAGACGACGGAAUCAUCAUCAUCAGAAGAAGAUAAUAACAUAAGCAGCGUUAUCAAACAGGUGGAAUUAACCGUACCAAAAACGGAUGAUCCAAACAUGCCCGUAUUAACAUUCCGGAUGUGGGUUUUGGGUCUUGGAACAUGUAUUUUACUGUCAUUUGUGAAUCAGUUUAUGUGGUACAGACAGAAUCCCAUGUCAGUAAGUUCAAUAUCUGCACAAAUUGCGGUAGUUCCUCUUGGUCAUCUUAUGGCUAAAUAUAUUACAAAAAGGGUUUUCUUUGAAGGUUGUAAGUAUGAGUUUACGUUGAAUCCUGGGCCUUUUAAUGUUAAAGAACAUGUUUUGAUCACUAUUUUUGCUAAUUCUGGUGCUGGGACUGUUUAUGCUACUCAUAUUCUUAGUGCUGUUAAGCUUUUUUAUAAGAGGGAGUUGUCUCUUCUUCCUGCUUUUCUCAUCAUGUUCACUACUCAGGUACUGGGCUUUGGAUGGGCCGGUCUGUUCAGAAAGUAUCUUGUGGAGCCUCCACAAAUGUGGUGGCCUAUUAAUAUGGUUCAAGUCUCAAUAUUUAGGGCUCUACAUGAGAAGGAACCAAGACAAAAAGGAGGCUUAAGCCGAACACAAACCUUCCUGAUCAUUCUAUGUUGUGCUGCUGCUUAUUGUGUGCUACCUUCUUACCUGUUCAUAAUGACCACAAGUUUUUCAUGGCUGUGUUGGUUUAAGCCAAAAUCUGUUCUAAUAAACCAGUUGGGUUCGGGUACUGAAGGUCUUGGCAUUGGCUCAUUCGCGAUAGACUGGUCGACAAUUUCUUCGUACCUAGGGAGUCCGUUAGCUAGCCCAUGGUUCGCAACAGCGAAUGUAGCAGCAGGAUUUGUGCUCACCAUGUACAUUUUGAUACCAAUUACUUACUGGUCAGAUUUUUUCAAAGCCAAAACCUUCCCUAUCUAUUCUCAAAAGCUUUUUAAGGCUGAUGGGUCAUUGUACAAUAUCAAAGGCAUUGUUACUCCAAGCUUUGAGUUGGAUAAACUUCAAUAUGCUAAAGAUGGUCAGCUAUAUCUCAGUAAUUUCUUUGCUCUUUCUUAUGGACUUGGGUUUGCUACACUAUCCGCUACUGUUGUUCAUGUCCUAAUCUUCAAUGGAAGGGAGAUAUGGGAACAAGUGAAGGGAGCAUUGGAAGGAUCAAAGAAAAUGGAUAUACACAUGAAGCUAAUGAAGGCCUACAAACAAGUUCCCGGUUGGUGGUUUCAUGUCCUUUUGUUGUUGAACUUGGCUUUAACCAUAUUUACAUGUGAAUAUUACAAAGAGUCACUCCAACUACCAUGGUGGGGUGUUCUUCUUGCUUGCUCCAUUGCUUUCUUUUUCACCCUUCCAGUUGGAAUCAUACAAGCCACAACUAAUCAGCAACCAGGGUUGAAUAUCAUCACUGAAUACAUCAUUGGUUAUCUAUACCCUGGAAGACCUGUUGCUAAUAUGUUGUUCAAAGUCUAUGGCUACAUUAGUAUGGUUCAAGCAUUAUUUCUUACCCAAGAUUUCAAGCUUGGUCAUUACAUGAAGAUCCCACCUAGAUCUAUGUAUAUGGCUCAGGUGGUUGGGGCACUAGUAUCAGUAUGUGUGUACACCGCAACAGCGUGGUGGAUGAUGGAAUCAAUCCCUAAUAUUUGUGACGUAUCACAAUUACCACCUGACAGUCCUUGGACCUGUUCAUAUGACAGAACCUUCUAUUCUGCUUCCGUAAUAUGGGGGCUCGUAGGCCCACGCAGAAUCUUCGGUGACUUAGGAUACUACGCGCGUGUCAACUGGUUUUUCGUAGCAGGAGCAAUAGCACCGUGCCUAGUAUGGCUCGCUCAGAAGACAUUCCCAAGCCAAAACUGGAUCAAACACAUUCACAUGCCUGUUAUGUUGGGCGCAACAAUGAUGAUGCCUCCUGCUAGUGCAGUUAACUUCACCAGUUGGAUCAUUGUAGGAUUCAUCUCAGGCUACGUUUUCUAUAGGCAUCGACAGCAGUUGUGGGUACGAUAUAACUACAUUCUUUCGGGAGGUCUGGAUGCAGGAACCGCGUUUAUGACGAUUCUUCUCUUCUUCUCUUUGCAAUAUGUUACCAACAUUGGGCUUGACUGGUGGGGAAACCAACCGGAUGAUGUUAUUUGCCCCUUGGCUACAUGCCCUACUGCUAAAGGGAUUGUAGUUGAUGGUUGCCCUGUCUUUUAGUUCAAUUUUAGACAAUUUAUUCAUGCUUUUUUUUUCAUAGAAUAGUUUAGAAUUAGGGAUUUUUUUUCUACUUUUGAUUUUAAUUUCUUUUUUGAGUUGUAAAUACUAUUUCUAAGGUUAAUAAUUUGUUAAAUUUGGAUAGAAUUCUCGUGAAUGCCAGUAUAUGAUCUAGAAAA